AUGUACUUCGAUGAAAAACCACAACUUAUGCCAAUACAUGAAAGGCAAACUAAUGCUUUCAAAAAAAAAAAUGAAAAGGAAGAAAAUUCAUUGCAAGCUGUCAAUCCCAUAGCAGAUAGUGGAUUCCAACUCUAUCAAACAUAUCUUGUGCGUUGUAACUACGGGUGUGCGCUUCGAGAUAUCCUCAAGGCAUCAGUUUGCGAUACCACGAAAAUGACUGAUGCGAACGAAUGGGCAGAUGUUGUGAUCAUUGAGAAAGAUGCUCCAGCGACGGGCGGCACAGAAGUGAAACCUGAAGUUCCUGCUAAUGCUCCAGCUCCAGUGAAAGCAGAAGACGCGGCGAAAGAAAAAGCUCCAGAAGUUGAGAACGGAAAAUCAGAGGAAACGGAGAAGAAAGCCGAUGCGACUACGGAAGAUCCAAAUGCUUGGCGACCACAUGAAGACGUAAACUCCAGUUUUACCAAGCCAGCGUCAGGAAAAGACGGAGAUGAAGAGGGGGAAACAAACACUAAACAGGGCAACGAAGUUGCUGAAGGAGGCGAAAAGAAGCGCACCUAUAAUCGAAAGGUUGUACGUCUGCCAAAAGAAGUGUUUGAUUUCAUGGCAAAAAUCGAAGAGGAUGGUGUCGUGAGAUUCAAUCUUACGCAGUUUGGUGUUUUUUAUCUGAAUGAGCUGAAGUUUAUGGGAACAAAUGUUGAUGCUUUGGAUUGGCUUACUGCAGAUGUUCCUUUACUCAAUGUGAGCGUUCCUCCCACUGCAAAGGGUGAUCCCACUCUCAUUGUGGAUCAUUUUUCGAGCGACCCUGCAGUGCGCGAGGCUCAAGAAACACGACUGAAAGGAAUCCUGGAGAACCGAGAAAAGCUGAAGCAAGUUUAUGCAUCUGGCGGAAAGAUCCUACCUGCCGAUGGAGUGGAUAAAAAGAUCGCGAAAAGGCAGAGGAAACGGGAAAGACGGGAAGAAAGGAAGAAGAUGAUGGAACAAGGACAGGGAGCUGGAACUCCCGCAAAAGCGGACGAGAACAACAAAAAGCGUUCGGCAGAAAACACUGAAUCAUCAACGACUAUAGAGGGCGGCGUUGCCGCUAAGCAACCUCGUUUGGAUACUAAUGCUACAAAAACUUUUCCAAAAAAGAGUGGAGGUCCACAAACUGGAAAUCAAACCAUCGCAAAGCCGGCUACUGCUGUCAAAAAUCCACCUGCCAAAAAGAAACCUCCGCCAAAACGCGCCACGUACAAUGAAUGGCAGAGUGGUCCAGGUUACUUUGGAGGCAACUCAGCAGGAAGAGACCGAUUCCGACAAAAACCAAGACCCUUCCAAGAUACGCGUCCUCGGGAAAUCCCAUCGCUCUUCUCGGCUGGCCGUGGUCCUUCUGGUGUGUCGCCGUGGUCAAGACCACCUUUCCAAGAGGACGUUCGCAGUUUGGAACAAGUGAUGCGCAGAGCUGCUCAUGACAAUUCGUCAUCAUUUGAUACGGCAAGACAAGUGGAUAGACUGGGACUUGGUUCAGCUAUGGGAUCACUGUUGAGCUCUGCACCUGAAAGAGACAUGCCCAUGGGUCUGUAUAACGAUGUUCCAACUCGCCAAAUGCCGUCCUUAGUUGACUCGGCUUUCAAUCGCCGUUGUGAUGAACUUGGAGCUUCUCGUUAUGGUGAGGAAUUUGGGAUUGGACGUUAUGGAGGAGCCAGAGAUGCACCAGUCCGUGACAUCAGUAGUUUUGUAGAGCCUAUCGACGAUUUUAUGGACAGCCCACGCAAAAACGCCUUUGGUCAAUCUUCUCAUGCUGACAGAAUCACCUACCCCAGCAUGGGUGGUGCUUCAGGACGGAGUAAUGCUGCGAUACCGCCGCUUUUACAGUUUGGACAGUCCUAUUCGGCUUUUGCUAAUGAAUCAUACGGUCAAAGAAUGGAUUAUGGAAGUGGUUCAAGACCCCGCAGCGUCAGCCCAUAUGGAAGGGCAUUUUACAGAUGAAAAAAUCGAUUCUUGGCAGCUCCAACUCUAGUUUUUGUUAUCUUUGUCUAUAUCACGCGGCUAGUGUCUAUUUCUUGACAUUUCCUUUGAUCUGCCUCAUCGUGAAGUGUUUGUUGUGCUCCCAUUUAAUAAUUUAUUUCAACGUGAAUAUCUACAAUACAAUUUAUUCAAAGGCAUAUUCUCCUCAAAAAAAAUUAUGUACAACACUGAUGUGUGAGCUGUAAUGUGAAGCGGAUAAUAAAAAUCAAUAAAAAAUCGAAAAGCAA